GCUGGGCCGGCGGCCCCUUUGUGUCCUCCGGCGGCGGAGGCAGCUGAGGCGCUUCUUUCCGGGCCCGCGGGUGCUGGGUUCCCUCCAACUCAGGGUAGGGGUGAGAGCAAAGUGGAGAUUCCCCUUGCCUUCGGGGCGGGAAUGGGAUCUUCCCGCAGUUCAGUUCUACAGGUAGGGAGUAGGCUGAAGAGUGGCUUGUGGGUCUCUGGAAGUUCGUUCCAGGCCCUCUGUGUGACUCCGGUACGAGCGGAGGUUGCUACCGUUCAGUGCGAGGCUGUCACCGCUUGUGCCUGUCCGCGUCCUGUGUGACUGGGUGCGAGGGAGUCAAUGGCACCAUGGAGUGUGAGGCUGAGUUAGGGCGGGAGCGGGCGACUGUUCGCUGACCCCCGUUGGGCCGAUACCCGCAGCCUCUUUGUGACUGGAUUGUGAUUGUCACUUAUGAUAGAUACCCUGGUGUCUGAGCCUUGCCGGUAUGGGAAAGGGUGCCCUUGUGAGGCAGCCCAUACCCGUGGCCUCUGACUGGACUGUGGCGUGCGUAAGACGGUGGCUGGCAUUGUAGUUUUUCACACACUGGGUACGUCAGGGAAUGCGUGAGAGACUGUGUGCCACCGAGAGGCUUUUAAAGCCAGCCAAGUCAUAUCAAUGUGCCACCAAGUUUCAGAAUCACUGAUCUUAUUGGAGAGGAUUGUGGGGUCUCCAUUAUGCUCUCUCUAUUGGAGGGAAGGUUGCAAGAAGAGGAAAGAAGCCUAAAAAGUCUAGACUGGUGACUCUGGAUGCUGCAAGAAAAGCCUAGUUUCUCAUGUUCUUUUCCCCAUCUCAGUCAUCUGAGGCCACUGCUAUUUCCCAAGAGAAGAGCCAGGAGGAAGGAAGAAUGGCUGUUGGGCUUCUUAAAGCCAUGUACCAGGAGUUGGUGACCUUCAGAGAUGUGGCUGUAGACUUCUCCCAAGAGGAGUGGGAUUGUCUGGAUUCUUCUCAAAGACAUCUGUAUAGUAAUGUGAUGCUGGAGAACUACAGGAUCUUGGUAUCACUGGGACUUUGCUUUUCCAAACCAAGUGUGAUAUUAUUGUUGGAACAAGGAAAAGCACCCUGGAUGGUGAAGAGAGAGCUGACAAAAGGCUUGUGCUCAGGCUGGGAGCCUCUAUGUGAGACUGAAGAAAUAACCCCAAAGCAGGACUUUUAUAAAGAACAUCAAUCCCAGCAGAUAAUAGAAACACUCACAAGGUAUAACCUUGAGUACUCCAGUUUGAGAGAAGAGUGGAAAUGUGAGGGCUAUUUUGAGAGGCAACCAGGGAAUCAGAAGGCAUGUUUCAAGGAAGAGAUAAUCACUCAUGAAGAAGCCCUGGUCGAUGAAAGAGAACAAGAAUAUAAAUCUUGGGGAAGUUUUCAUCAGAACCCACUGCUUUGUGCACAAAAGAUAAUCCCCAAAGUGGAGAAAGUACAUAAACAUGAUAUACAUAAGGGAAGCUUUAAAAAAAAUUUAAUGGGUAUUAAGCCCAAGAGUGUCUGUGCAGAGAAGAAACUUUUGAAAUGUAAAGACUGUGAAAAAGUCUUCAGCCAGAGUUCAUCCCUUACUCUUCAUCAAAGAAUUCAUACUGGAGAGAAACCCUAUAAAUGUAUAGAGUGUGGAAAAGCCUUUAGCCAGAGAUCAAAUCUUGUUCAACAUCAGAGGAUUCACACUGGAGAAAAACCCUAUGAAUGUAAGGAAUGUAGGAAAGCCUUUAGUCAGAAUGCACAUCUAGUUCAACAUCUGAGAGUUCAUACUGGAGAAAAACCUUAUGAAUGUAAGGUAUGUAGAAAGGCCUUCAGCCAGUUUGCCUACCUUGCCCAACAUCAGAGAGUUCAUACAGGAGAGAAACCCUAUGAAUGUAUUGAAUGUGGGAAAGCAUUUAGCAACAGGUCAUCCAUUGCUCAACACCAGAGAGUUCAUACUGGAGAGAAACCCUAUGAAUGUAAUGUGUGUGGGAAAGCAUUUAGCCUUCGUGCAUACCUUACUGUACAUCAGAGAAUACAUACUGGAGAGAGACCCUAUGAAUGUAAGGAAUGUGGGAAGGCCUUCAGCCAGAAUUCACACCUUGCUCAACAUCAGAGAAUUCAUACUGGAGAAAAACCUUAUAAGUGUCAGGAAUGUAGGAAAGCAUUCAGCCAGAUUGCCUACCUUGCUCAGCAUCAAAGAGUUCACACUGGAGAGAAACCCUACGAAUGUAUAGAAUGCGGGAAGGCUUUUAGCAAUGACUCAUCCCUUACUCAACAUCAGCGAGUUCAUACUGGAGAGAAACCUUAUGAAUGUACCGUUUGUGGAAAGGCUUUUAGUUACUGUGGAUCCCUUGCCCAACAUCAGAGAAUUCAUACCGGAGAGAGACCCUAUGAAUGUAAAGAAUGCAAAAAAACCUUCAGGCAGCAUGCACACCUUGCUCAUCAUCAGAGAAUUCACAAUGGGGAGUCACUGUCACCACCCAACCCAGUCAAUCACCAAGUCCUAUAGAUCCUGUGUCCUAAAUAUUUCUAGAAUUUAUACAUUCUUUUUUUUAUCUUUAAUAUUGUUACUUUGGUCUGAUUCAUCUCACUCUGAUUACUAUAUAGCUUUCAAACAGG